UUUCCUCUUCGUGUUUUGUUUUUUGAUCGCCUAGCGAGUCGUUCGUUUUUACAUAUUCGUUCUUAAAAUUAAUUAACUAAAUACAAUUUCACGUUUAUAUUAACAAGCAUGUUUUGCACAAAAAACGGAUUAAUUGACUAACAUUAGGAAGUGGCGCAAUGUUAUUUUUUUUCAGGAUCUUGAUUCUUCAAUACGUACCGUGAAUGGCGAUUGCAAAAUUCCAUUGUGCUUCAGCUGCUUCACCUAAUAAGGUUAACGAUCCUGCUUCUAGAAAGGGCGCCUAACUUUAUAGACAAGAAUAAUUAUUUUUUAUGACCCCUUUUUUCCAAACAGCUUGGAACUUGGAAUUAAAAUAGUGCAACAUGGAAUGGCGUAAUUCGUUUCACCUUUCCCCGCUCAAGAGGGCAAACAAUCAUCAGAAGGCAUAGUCUUCCCCUUCCAUCCCAAUACCCAAACUCUUUUACAGAAAAUUUGUUCGAGUGGUAUCUUUUCACACCGCAAACACGUGCUGAUUCCGGCUUUCGCUACUAUAAUUGGAAUAAUUUAACUGCGACCAAAGACCGGACGAAUGUUGGUGGGCUGACGUCCUGCAUUUUCUUUUCUAACCUUGGCAUUUUAAAAAUGAGCGGAAAUUCAGGUUGAUAAAGAAGUUAGUGGUUCAUAAUGGUUCCCAGCAUUUUAUACCCACAUUUCUCUCAUAUCAGGAGUGAAUCACCAGGAAAUUUGUCAUAACCUGUUCUUCCUUUGUGAUUUCUUGAAACCCAGAAACCAAAUCGUUUAGUACCAUGGUGACUUUUAACGACUUCAGUGAUGCUGACUCGUUCUAUGAUCUGGAGAAAACUAUUUCUCAGUUCGAGAUUGGCACGGAUGUCUUGAAAAUUUUUAAUAAGCAAGCUCCUGAAAAAAGGCAUCUGUCCGUCAAGAGAUGGUCCCGUCAAAUUGUCUGGAACAAACUGGGAAUGAUCCAAAAGAAGACCUACGAAGGAAUAAUUGAUUUAAGAGAUGUCAAAGAAAUCAGAAGUGGAAAAAAUUCCAGCAACUUUGAGCUGCUGUCAAAAUUGCAAAUCGACAAGACUGAAGAACUCGAAGAAGCUCGAUGCUUUGUCAUUUGCUACACGCGCGAAUUUAAUAUGAAAACCCUUUCUAUCUGUGCCAAAUCCGAAAAGGAGCGCGACGAUUGGGUGAAGGGAUUACGUAGUCUGACUCACGACACUAUCAAUGCUUCCUACCCGGUGCGGAUGGAACGUUGGUUGUGGAAGGAAUUUUACCGCAUGACUUCCGAGAAAGAGAACGUCAAUGUGAAGGAUAUCAGAGCCUUUUUGCCGCAAGUCAACUGUCAAAUCCCCAAGACUCGGCUCCAAGAAAUUUUCAGCGAAGUCAACAAUCGGAGUGUUGGCGAAUUAUCGUUCGACGAGUUCGCAUCUCUCUGCAAUAAACUUACCUACGAUGAAAAGAUUUUCGAUUCAUUCUUUUCCAAAUAUUCUUCCGAAGAAAAUACGAUCACUCUUUCAAACUUCAAGGCAUUCCUUGCGCAACAGGGUGACAGCAAAGCCUUUAAGGACAGCGAUCUAUUGAUAGCCAACUUCAUGAGAGAUUUUACUAGAGAUCCACGGCAGAAUAACUUCGAUCAAGAUUACGAGAAAGGAUUUUUUUGUGAUAAAGAGUUCAUUAAUUACCUGUUUUCACAUCACAACGAACUCUUCGAUCCUCAACACAAGAGUGUCAAUCAGGAUAUGACGCAACCUUUAUCUAGUUAUUGGAUCGCCUCUUCCCAUAAUACGUAUUUAACUGGUGACCAGCUGAAAAGCCCUUCAAGUUGCGAUGCUUACGCCAGAUGUCUAAUGCAAGGCUGUCGCUGCGUCGAACUGGAUUGUUGGGACGGUCCAGACGGAACACCGUUAAUCUACCACGGAUUACUCGGGAUGACUUUGACGUCGAAAAUCAGUUUUCUAGAAGUUGUGAAGACGAUCAAGGAAUACGCUUUUGUCGCAUCAUCUUUUCCAGUCAUCUUGUCGAUUGAGAACCACUGUUCGCUGCCGCAGCAAUUGAAAAUGGUCGAGAUUUAUGAAGAGGUGUUUGGUUCUAUGUUGCUCAAGAGUCCAAUCGAACUGGAUGACGUGAGAAUGCUGCCUUCACCUCAGGAUUUGCAGGGGAAGAUUAUCGUCAAGAACAAAAAGCUACCCGAAAAUUCCGGUACUUGUACUUCGCCAUCUGUUUCUCCUAAAAAUGAUGAGAAUUUGAGGAAGAUGACCGGCGUUUUGUAUAUGAGAGAUAAGGCGAGUGCUGAUUGGGUCUCAUAUUUUGUCGUGUUCAACGACACCAAAAUGUUCUACAUGAAAUUCCAGUGUAAAGGAAGCGAGCCGGACGAAGAGGAAGAGGAUGAUGGGGAAGUGAAUUACGUUUACCAGCAGAUACCGGACGAUGUUGUGGAAUACGAGCUGCAUUAUAGUGAGGUCUGGUUUCACGGUCAUAUGGAAGGUGGAAAGUUCAAGGCAAAAGAACUUUUGGAAGAGUACGGACCCAAACUAGGCGAUGGAACUUUCCUAGUCCGCAACAGUGGCAAUCUAAUCGGAGACUAUACAAUAUCAUUUUGGUACAAAUCCAAAGUCGAGAACAUCCGCAUCAAGAGUAGAGUAGUUACUAGUCAAACUGGGAAACGGAAGAAAGAUUUUCAGUUAAAGAAUGGUGGACCUUUUUUCGACAGUUUGUGUAGUUUAGUCGAUUAUUACGAAACUAAUCCAUAUGAAGCUCCAAAUUUCAAAGUUUAUUUCGACAAACCCGUUCCUCAUUUCCGUACUCACGUGGGGAAAAACUGGUUCCACCCAAAUAUUGGACAGGCGGAAGCUGUCGAGUUACUUCGCAAGAUUCCAAUAUCCGGUGCAUUUCUCGUUAGAUCCAGCGAUAACGAUCCGGACCAGUUUACUAUCUCAUUCAGGACUGAAACGGAGAUAAAACACUGCCGCAUCAAGCAAGAUGGUCGUCUAUUCAUGAUUGGAAGAGCCCAGUUUGUUAGCCUUGUCGCUUUGAUAAGCCACUACGAAAAGAACCCACUUUACAAGCAAGUUCAUCUUCGUUUACCAGUGACGGAAGAGGCGAUCCGCCAUUAUGAAAAGAAUACCCAAGCUGAAAUAGCGAUUUCGUGUUCACCAGAAGAUCCUUCUAAUUACAUUGAUUGCACAGCUUUGAUGGAAUCCAUGAGGAUAUCAGUGAAAACUCUGCAGAGUUACAAUGCUCGAAGGAAAGAUGAGCUCAGUUUCCCUAAAGACGCCAUUAUCAAAAACGUGAAGAAGGUGGACACUGAUUGGUGGCGAGGGGACUAUGGGAAAAAAUAUCAGUGCCUCUUCAUGGCUUCUUAUACGGAAGAAAUCGACUACGACGAAGGAAUACGACACGAAGAAGAAAAUUCCGCAGUUGGCAUAACUAAAGGCUUACAGAAAAAAGACGCUUUCUUCGAUAUGACGGGGGCAACAGUGGAGUUGUUGAAAGUGCGCCAGUCAACGAUUCAUGGGUCGUCGGAGUCUGAGCAGCAAACAGUUGAGGGUGGAGUAAUACCGAGGUGGAUAGUGCUCGUAAAAUUAGCAUCCGAAACAGAAAAAAUCGAACUAGGUGUGGAAUCCAGGGAAAAUGCUUUAAACUGGGCUAAUGCUAUCAGGAACGCAAGCGGAUGUGAAACGGAACCACCGUUUGAUGAGCAAGAGAACAAUGAUACGAUCCAGUUCAGCGAAAUCGAAAAUAAAUACAGCAUUGCUAAAGGACUCUCCGAUAUCAUCGUCUACUGCCAGGCUACGCAUUUCAAUCAAGAACGUAUCCUGAGCAAGGGUCGAAACCCUUGUGAAAUGUCGUCCUUCUGCGAACCAGAAAAGCUGAUGACUCAACAAGAGUACCAAUUCUUUCUCUGGUAUCAUCAGGUGAUGCUAAGCCGCAUCUAUCCGGCCGGUAAAAGGAUAGAUUCUAGCAAUUACAACCCAGUUCCUUUUUGGAAUGUCGGCUCUCAGCUUGUGGCUUUAAAUUAUCAAACACCCGACAGAAGUAUGCAGUUAAACGAAGCCAAGUUUCUGCAAAAUGGAAAAUGCGGAUAUGUUUUAAAGCCGAGUUACUUGCGGGAGUAUUCUAGUGACUACAAACCGUCUUCCGUUUGUUCACUGACUGAUGAAACUGCAGUUUCAUUCGUCGUGAUGAUCAUCUCUGCCCGUCAUCUCAUCUACCGUCCAAACGGCCUCACCACCAGCUUAGGAGUAGUUAGUCCAUUUGUCGAGAUUGAGAUAAUCGGCUGUGAUGAAGAUAUGAAGAGCAGCAAUAAGCACACCACAAAGACCAUCACCGAUAAUGGUUUUAAUCCAUUUUGGGAUGAAUCUUUCCAAUUUCAUGUUUCGCGCCCAUCAUUAGCCUUUUUACGGUUUGUCGUCUAUGACAGUGAUAGUUUUAGCGAUUCCCGCUUCAUAGCACAAGCCACAUAUCCGCUGUCGUGCAUUCGUCGAGGAUUUCGUAGCGUUCCGUUAAAUAACGACUUUAACGACCUACUAGAAAUGUCUUCCCUCCUAAUUUUCCUAGAUUACAACAAACAAGAACAGGUGGUGGAACAUAAACCUCUCAACACUGGCUAUUCGAAGCUGCUACUAAGAGAGAGAACAAUCAGACUCCGCGAAUUACAAACCCAAAAGUCUGAAGUUGAAAUGCGAGAGAUCGAACUUUCGGUCAAAGAAGUUCGUACUGAAUUCCAGAAAACCGAAUUCAGGAUAUAGGAGAUUUAAAAAACAUAUCGAUUCAGGCAUAAUAACGAGUAAUACAAUGAUUUGAAAGCCCUGCUGCAGAUAUGAGAGACUGCCGCCAACAGGUAUUUAAGACGCCUUUAACCAUUACACCAAUAAGCCAUGGGCGCUUAUAUACUUUAUAUUAUUUUCUUGUGUAAUAAAAAUGCAUCGUACUCAUAUGAAAAUUUGUUAAGUAAUAAUCGUCUUGCAACUUCCUUAUAGUUUGAUAAAUAUUACCACACAUUUUUUCUCUGCCACACAACAUGGAAAUCGCUGCGUGUACUAACACAAGCACUUUCGCCUUGCGGCACUUUCAGUUGGCAACUGAAGAUUCGUUAAGUUCCUAUUUAAGUAAAUACACGCAUUCUUAUUUA